CUUUCCUGGGCCGACACUCGAUCCUGGCCCCGCUUCCAGGCCGGCGGCCGCCGACCAGCCCACAAGGGCCAGGGCCCCAAGGCUUGGUGCUGAGGGACAAGGGACGGUCUGUGCGUCCCCAGGGGGCGUGGGGAGGCCAGGCCUCUGCCAACAGCAGCACUGGCUGCGAGGACCCGCGGCCAGAGCCGCCGCCACCGCCCGCCAGGGACAGCAGCAGGCCCGGUGCCCCUGGCCCCGCUCCUCGCCAUGGGGACCUUGGGAGCCAACCCGGCCCCGCGGCUGAGCGCGGCCCCCCAGAGUCCGGAGACCAACCCGAGGCAGCCCUGCGGGGCGGCCCCCUUGGAGAGCGGCUCUGGGCCCGGCUUGUACGUCCUGCCAUCCACUGUGGGCUUCCUCAACCACGAUUGCACCAGGGCGGUCAGCCCGGCCUACUCCCUCUUCUGGAGGCCCGGCCCCGCCUCCCCACAGGACACCAGCCCCGGGCCCGUCUACUUCCUGGACCCAAAAGUCACCCGGUUUGGCCGAAGCUGCACCCCUGCCUACUCCAUGCAGGGCCGGGGCAAGUCUCGGGGUCUGGAGGUGACACCAGGCCCUGGGGCCUACAGCCCAGAGAAGGUGGCCCCUGUGCGCCAGCGGACGCCCCCGGCCUUCACUCUGGGCUCCCGCCUGCGCCCGCAGCUCCAGGACACCUCCGCGCCGGCCCCCAACACCUACACGCUGCCCUCCCUCUGGGGCUCCCAGAUACUCACCAAGCCCAGCAGCCCCAGCUACACGGCGGCGGGCCGCACGCCCCCCGCCCGCCCCCCUCAGGACCCUGCUGAGAUACCAGGCCCGGGCCAGUACGAAAGCCCAGACCCCAACACCUACCGUCAGCGGCGGCCCGCCUUCACCAUGCUGGGCCGGCCCCGUGCCCCCCGCCCCCCAGAGGAGACUCCUGGACCGGGCACCCACAGACCUGAGCAGGUCACCGUGACCAAAGCCAGGGCCCCGGCCUUCACCAUGGGCAUCCGCCACUCCACACGGGCUGCCACCAUGCCUGUGGACACCGCACCCUGACACCUUUGGGUCUCAGCUGCCCCUGGACCGAGCCUCAGUUUACCUAUGUUGCCAAGUGGGGUGCGGGCGGGCCCCUCUGGGGCCAGGCUUUGGCCGGUGGGGGGCUUGGAGAAGUGGGGGACAGGCGUCUCUUUCCUUCCUUUUUUCUGGACUCUGAGGUCCUUCUAGGCCACCUGCUUCCUUUGGUCCCUGGAGGCUGUGACCCCGCGGCCCCGUGCAGGGUGCCCUGCCUUCCAGCGCCCCAGUUUCUUCCCCCUGGUCACACCAGGCCAAGUCGGGCCAGGCAGAGAAAGGGACAACUCCGGCCCUCCCAGCGGCUGGCCCGAGAUGCGCUUCCUGUGUCCUAGAACUCGGCGUCUGCCCUGCUAGGGCCUGGGUCCCCAGCACUGCUCGGAUUUCUGCUCAACUUGGGCUCUUCCCUGCGUCUCACGGGAGCACAGCUGCCUGCCUGGUCCUGGCCCCAAAUCCCUAAAUCGGGCUGGAAGCAGCCUGUUUCCCUCGCACUAGCUGCUUGCCGGUGAAUAAACCUCCUCUGGCAAGAGCCGUCGGCGUCGCGCACGUGAGCUCAUUUAACCCUGAGUCCACGGCAAAGGAAGGAGGCUCAACGCUGCUCUUGAGAGCCAGACCCCCCCGAUUCUGCAGCCGCUGGGGGGCCGCAUGGGACCAGAGGAGGGAUCCGGGGCUGGCAAGGCCAGAGGUAGAGCCAAGGCUUUGAAGUGGGGAAGCCCGGGAGGCUUCUUGGAAGCGGGGACCUUGAAGCUGGGUAUUGAGGGGUGGAUAAGAGCCUAGUGCGUUCUAACGCCCUUCAGUGGGCGCCCC